AGAUCGUAUCCAGCAGCACGCCAUGACGGAGCUUUUAUGAGAUUUCACAAUUAUCCUGCCCUGAUAUGAGAUUCUUGUCUGGACUCGCAGAGCCUCCUCCAGCAGGAUCCGGGAUGUCCUCCACACUCCUGGGAUCUGGGAGCUCCAUACUCUAGAGGGUUCGGCUCCUUAAAGGAGCUUUAGGACGCAUCUUCUCCAGUCCUGAGGAGGACUCAGGAAUUUCUGCUGCGGUGAUCUGUCCGGUAAUUAGAGAUAUCUAUAUGCAGAAAGAGCCUCCUGGCUGACGACAAUAUUCUGGAUUCACCAGUCAGGUACCUCCAUGACUGCGCCCUCUGCUGGUCAUCUCUCUGCUAUAGCUAGAGGACCCAAAUGGAAGAGUUCUUCUGGAUCACUGGUCAGCUGGGGGAUGGCGGUCAAUGUGUACUCCACGUCUGUGACCAGUGAAAACCUGAGUCGCCAUGAUAUGCUCUCCUGGGUCAAUGACUCCAUACAGCUCCACUACACCAAGAUAGAACAGCUGUGCUCAGGAGCAGCCUACUGUCAGUUCAUGGACAUGCUUUUCCCCGGAUGCAUCUUACUGAAAAGAGUGAAAUUCCAGGCGAAGCUGGAGCACGAAUUCAUCCACAACUUCAAGGUCUUACAGGCCGCCUUUAAGAAGAUGGGCGUGGACAAGAUAAUUCCCGUAGAAAGAUUGGUGAAGGGGAAAUUCCAAGAUAAUUUUGAGUUUAUCCAGUGGUUCAAGAAAUUUUUUGAUGCCAAUUACGAUGGGAGGGAUUAUGACCCUAUUCUGGCAAGACAAGGGCAGGACAUUGCACCCGCACCGAACCCUGGAGACCAGGUCUUCAACAAACCCAAGAAGCCCAUUGUGACAUCAGUCCCACAAAGAACAUCUCCCACAGGUCCCAAGACCAUGCAGCCUCCAGCACGAUUACAAAGCAUGGCUCAUCCGGUCAGGAAAAACCCACCCAUCACCAGGAAUGGUGGCAGCGAGCUGGACUCACAAAUAAUGGAGCUGAACCAGCAGUUAAUGGAGCUGAAGUUGACUGUGGACGGACUGGAGAAAGAACGAGAUUUUUACUUCAGUAAACUGCGAGACAUCGAGCUGAUAUGUCAGGAGCACGAGAGUGAGAGCCAGGGGGUUCUUUCCAAAAUCAUCGACAUCCUGUAUGCCACAGAGGAAGGAUUUGCUCCUCCAGAAGAGGAUGAGAAUGAAGAACUUCAGGCUGAGGACCAGGAUGAAUAUUAACCACGUCCCUUGCUUUUCCUGAUCCCCUUCGCUCAGUUGCUUUGUAAAAUAAUAUCGCUCCUCGCGGCCAUUUUUUUGCAAGAUGAACUUGUUAGGUUGGAGUCUCAACACACGCACUCGUGAACCAUCUUCCAUCCCUGCAAUUAAUAGCCAGAAUGGGCAAUUAUCCCGCGGGCCACCACCCUCCGAAAUGUGAACAGAGCAGCCGGGACAUGGGAGAGGAUGUCUUCUACGGCAUGGAUUUAUCUAUCAGGAGAUUGUUUUUCAGCCCCCCUGUGGACAGACAUGUAGCUGACCCCAUACGUCUCUGUCCCACCCUUUUUGGCCUGACACUUGGGCGCCCUUGCGAUAUUUUAUUGUCGUGUUUUUUACCUCUGGAUUUGUCUUCCUCUUACAUUUUUACUCCCUCUUUGCUUUUCUUUCUGGAGUGGUGUAUUUGACAUGGAAAACAGGGCCGCCCGUCAUUAUCUUUUUCUUUUUAUAAUUUUUGGGAAAGUCAUGGAGAUUAUCGGAGAAAAACUUCGACCAGAUGUCGACAGUCAAAGACGACUGGGAACAAUGUCCUGCAUAUUCUACAAAUGUCCAGACUACAACUAUCCACAUUCUUCUAUCCGUAAAUAUUGUAGGUGGCACCGGACUUGGUCACGUUCAUACAGGAAGGAAAGUGGUUAUUAGGCAACAUACUAUGGAAACGACUUAAAGGGAUUGUCCUUCGACAACUCCUUUUUUCUUUUAUAACCCUUCAGUCAGACGGGUCAUGGGUUUUUAAUGUAACGUUGUCAGCUGUACAGAGGACGAGAACGUUUGCAGCCUGAUUCCAUCGUGAUCUCUUGAUGAGUGACAUCUGUUGUAUGUUUCCAAUUGACUUCUUGAUUAGUAGUUAUCAGUCAUAAUCACUAUUUGAGAAUCCGUACUUCACCUUCUCCCCUCACCGCCUGUGCAAAGUUUGGGACACCUGUACAUGACACCAUUUGUGCACUGAGACAACUGUGCAUGAGAAGGACCCUAAAACAUGAGAACACCUACACCAGGACCCUGAUACAUGAGAACACCUACACCAGGACCCUGAUACAUCAGAACACCUACACCAGGACCCUGAUACAUCAGAACACCUACACCAGGACCCUGCUACAUGAGAACACCUACACCAGGACCCUCAUACAUGAGAACACCUACACCAGGACCCUGAUACAUGAGAACACCUACACCAGGACCCUGAUACAUGAGAACACCUACACCAGGACCCUGAUACAUAAGAACACCGACACCAAGAUCCUCAUACAUGAGAACACCUACACCAAGAUCCUCAUACAUGAGAACACCUACA